GCUAGGACCCAACGGAUCUAGUCCUUGCAAGCGCACAUGGACAUUGUAGAGUGUAGCGGCUCUGAUGUUAAAGAGUACGCUGGUCUCUGAAUCAGAUUUUUUAUGUAGGCUAUCUCUCUCUCUGUUUUCUGUCGCACCCGCUUACUUCUAAUUUUUCAAACUCACUUGUCAGUGUCUUGGUGACAUUACUGCCAAGUCCUUGAGUGCGACACGCAGGGAUUUCAGCAUGCUUGGAUGGAAAGUUUUUGACAGCUCCUCUUUCGUGGUCCCGCUAUAAGAAGUCAAUACUUGUUCUUCCUCUGUUUCGGAGCUGAUCCCACUCUACUGCUUGCAUCCCGUAUCUGUCAAUCACUCGUGGACAGCAUAUUAUGGUCGUGUCGGUGCAAUAAUUCACCCUGAACGCAUUUCUUUCCCAAAUCGGGCAAAAUGACUAACUGGCGUUGGACGAACUUUGCAUUUCUAAUGGUUUUUCAUGUCUUGUCCAUGUCAACAGCAACGGGCAAUACAGACAACACACUUCUGAAUUUACAUGAUGGGAAAAGCUUGGACCAGAGUGUGCUGCACAGUGCUGUCCCUAAGCCCCAACGCUAUGACACCACGGUACCUCUCCUGCUGGAAGGGCGGCAGCGCAAACCACUCAGCCAGCUCAAGUCCAGGAGUCAUCCUGCAUCACUGAAGCUGGUGGUGGAGGCGGAAGGUGAACAACUGGUCCUGGCACUAGAAAAAAACCAGGGCCUGUUUGCGAGCCAUUACACUGAGACACAUUAUCUGGACGAUGGCAGUGCAGUCACUGGUGCUCACAACUUUACGAAGAAUUGCUACUACCAUGGAGAAGUGGAGGGCCACGCUAACUCUGACGUCACUCUCAGCACCUGCUCUGGACUCCGGGGUUUCAUCUCACUUCAAAAUAAGACCUUCAUCCUUGAACCAUCGUUGUACCAGGACAAUGAUAAACACAUCAUCUACCGAGGGGAAAACCUCAACCUGUCCCCCGGAACCUGUGGUCAUGGCUUCAACAUGUCCUCUGUUACCUCUGACAACCAUCUGAGAAUCCCUUUCAGAACAUUCAGUACCAGGAACAAGAGGCACGCUCAGAAAACGACCAAAUAUGUAGAGCUGGUCAUCGUUGCAGACAACAGAGAGUUUCAGAAACAGGGGAAGGACGUUGAGAGGGUGAAGCAGAGACUGGCAGAGAUAGCCAAUUACGUGGACAAGUUCUAUAGGGUCCUGAACAUCCGUGUGGCCCUAGUGGGCCUGGAGGUGUGGAGCGACGCUGACAAGUGUCCUGUCACUCAGGACCCCUUCAACACCCUGCAUGAGUUCCUAGACUGGAGGAAAGUCAAACUACUGCCUACAAAGUCACACGACAACGCUCAGCUCAUCAGUGGGGUGUACUUCCAGGGUACCACCAUUGGCAUGGCCCCCAUCAUGAGCAUGUGUACAGUGGAGCAGUCUGGAGGCAUCGUCAUGGAUCAUUCGGAUAAUCCCCUGGGUGCGGCUGUGACUUUAGCACAUGAGCUGGGGCACAACUUUGGCAUGAACCACGACACUCCAGAGCGGGGGUGUGGCUGCAGGAUGACAGUGGACCGCGGGGGCUGUAUCAUGACCCCCUCCACUGGGUACCCAUUUCCUACGGUAUUCAGCACCUGCAGUAAGAAGGACCUGGCAGCCAGUCUGGAGAAGGGAGUGGGGAUGUGUCUGUACAACAUGCCUGAGGUCAAGGUGCUGUACGGGGGACAGAAGUGUGGCAAUGGAUACGUGGAGGAGGGAGAGGAGUGUGACUGUGGAGAACUGGAGGAAUGCAUGAACCCCUGCUGCAAUGCCACCACCUGCACCCUGAAGGGAAAUGCCGUGUGCGCCCACGGACAGUGCUGCGAGGACUGCAGGCUGAAGCCUGCUGGCACACCGUGUCGAGAGUCCAGUAACUCCUGUGAUUUGCCAGAGUUCUGUACUGGUGCCAAUCCCCACUGCCCUGCCAACGUGUACCUGCACGACGGUCACUCCUGCCACAACGUGGAUGGAUACUGCUACAACGGCAUCUGCCAGACUCAUGAGCAGCAGUGCAUCACGCUAUGGGGACCAGGAGCCAAACCUGCCCCAGGGAUCUGCUUUGAGAGGGUCAACUCAGCAGGAGAUCCUUACGGGAACUGUGGGAAGGACUCCAAAGGAUCGUUUGCCAAAUGUGAAGCCCGAGACGCAAAGUGUGGCAAAAUUCAGUGUCAAGGAGGGGCCAACCGGCCUGUGAUUGGCACCAAUGCCGUCUCCAUAGAAACCAACAUCCCUCUUCAGGAAGGAGGGAGGAUCCUGUGUCGGGGAACCCACGUCUACCUGGGUGAUGACAUGCCCGACCCUGGACUGGUUCUGGCUGGCACCAAGUGUGGAGAGGGCAUGAUGUGUCUGAAUCGUCAGUGCCAGAAUGUCAGUGUGUUUGGAGUGCACCAGUGUUCAGGGAAGUGCAGCGGACGAGGGGUGUGUAACAACUUGGAGAACUGCCAUUGUGAGGCACACUGGGCCCCUCCUUUCUGUGAGAGGGCGGGGUUUGGGGGCAGCCUAGACAGUGGACCAAUGAGAUUGGCAGCCGACAGCAGGGUGGUUGCUGUGGCAAUCCUGGCCACCCUCCUCAGCCUUAUGGGUGCUGGGUUCCUGGUAUUCCUUAAGAGGAAGACUCUGGUCCGUCUGCUCUUCACAAACAAGAAAACCACAAUGGAGAAACUGAGAUCAGUUGGGUCGACCAGACCAGCCAGCCCCAACCAGACUCAGUCCAUGUACAGUCCACGACGCAAGCCCCCAGCCAAGCCUCCAGGUACCAGCAUAUACAAGCCAUCACACCUGAGUUCGGAGCCUCUUCUCCCUCCACACAGUUUCCACUCCCACAGCUUGCGGCGGCUGCCCCACUACCAGCCCCUCCACAUCAGCCACCCCAUGCCUGUCUCCCUGAGUGUGGGUCAGCAGCCCCUGCCACCGGUCCCGCCCCACCACAAGGCUCUGCCGGCCCACACCGCCCUCUCCCCACCACGGGCACCGCCCUUCCACAGCCUGCCCCGACAGCAGCCCUACAGAAUGGACCAGGACUGCGAGAAACCCAGUCCACCCCAGAAGCCCCUGCCUGCAGACCCUCUGGGAAGGAGGGCUCGGGUGGGACGCAGCACCUCGGUGGUGGGCGUUCGCCUCCCUGGACCCAUCCCUAUCCCCAUCCCCACCGUACCCAGACCCCUGCUCACCAAUCCACAACUGAACAGACCUGCACCCAUACAACCCCUGAGACUGCCAAAGACUCAUCAUUUUGACCCCUGAUCUCAAAGAAGAUCUGAUGGAAUGGAAAAGUGGAGCGCUCUAUGGAUGGAGACCCAUAUUUGCACUACAAGAAUACCAGACCUUUGCAACUUUGAAAGUGUCUCAGAGUUUUAGGGAAAGGAGACUGACUUCAAACCUUGGUGCUGUACCUCUGCUUUUGUUGUCCUCGCUCAGGUACAAAUGAACUAUUUAAUGUCUAUAUUUAUUAUUACUGUGUGCACAGUGCACUCUGGUAGACCCUAUUGACAGUAGCAUAUUGACACUUGGAUCGCUGUUGGUGAUUUUUAUUUUUUACCCCCAGCAAAAUCAGAAGACCAGUUUGCCAUAUAAUGGAGGGUAUGUUUUUAUAUAUACAGUUAAGGAGAGACAUACUGAAAAAUGUAUUUUAUUUUUAUCCUGUGAAGUUCCUAGAAUAAUUGGAGAGAAACACAGAUUGGGUUCAAGUUAAAGGGAAACAGAGCACUGCAUGGAACACUUUGAGAGUAACUUGUAACUCACUAAGCAGCAGUGUUAGGGACUGGGAAUUUUUGUUCAGUUUAUCAUUAAUAAGAAGUGCUUUUACAAUCAAAGGCGUCCACUCACUUCAUAAUCAGAAACGGUGUUGACUGACAUGUUGGACGUAUCAAUUGAGGUGUGUUUCGACUAAUCCAAUUCAGUGCAAAAGCAAGGGAAUUAUUCAGAAUGGACACGUACUUGAGAAUUGACUGUUACGUGAUCUUUGUAUUCAUACAUGAUCUUUAUUCAUAUACAGUUGAAGUCGGAAGUUUACAUAUACUUUAGCCAAAUACAUUUAAACUCAGUUUUUCACAAUUAUUGACAUUUAAUCCUGGUAAAAAUGUGCUGUCUUAGGUCAGUUAGGCUCACCACUUUAUUUUAAGAAUGUGAAAUAUCAGAAUAAUAGUAGAGAGAAUGAUUUAGUUCAGCUUUUAUUUUUUUCAUCACAUUCCCAGUGGGUCAGAAGUUUACAUACAGUCAAUUAGUAUUUGGUAGCAUUGCCUUUAAAUUGUUUAACUUGGGUCAACUGUUUCAGGUAGCCUUCCACAAGCUUCCCACAAUAAUUUGGAUGAAUUUUGUCCCCUUCCUCCUGGCAGAACUGGUGUUACUGAGUCAGGAUUGUAGGCCCCUUGCUCACACAUGCUUUUUCAGUUCUGCCCACAAAUGUUCUAUAGGAUUGAGGUCAGGGCUUUGUGAUGGCCACUCCAAUACCUUGACUUUGUUGUCCUUAAGCCAUUUUGCCACAACUUUGGAAGUAUGAUUGGCGUCAUUGUCCAUUUGGAAGACCCAUUUGCGAACAUGCUUUAACUUCCUGACUGAUGUCUUGAGAUGUUGCUUCAAUAUGUCCACAUAAUUUUCUUUCCUCAUGAUUCCAUCUAUUUUGUGAAGUACACCAGUCCCUCCUGCAGCAAAGCACCCCCACAACAUGAUCCUGCCACCCCUGUGCUUCACGGUUGGGAUGGUGUUCUUCGGCGAUGGUCAUUAUGUCCAAACAGUUCUAUUUUUGCUUCAUCAGACCAGAGGACAUUUCUCUAAAAAGUAUGAUCUUUGUCCCCAUGUGCAGUUUCAAACCGUAGUCUGGCUUUUUUAUGGCGGUUUUGGAGCAGUGGCUUCUUCCUUGCUGAGCGGUCUUUCAUGUUAUGUCGAUAUAGGACUUGUUUUACUGUGGAUAUACAGUGGGGCAAAAAAGUAUUUAGUCAGCCACCAAUUGUGCAAGUUCUCCCACUUAAGAAGAUGAGAGAGGCCUGUGAUUUUCAUCAUAGGUACACUUCAACUAUGACAGACAAAAUGAGAAAAAAAAUCUAGAAAAUCACAUUGUAGGAUUUUUAAUGAAUUUAUUUGCAAAUUAUGGUGGAAAAUAAGUAUUUGGUCACCUACAAACAAGCAAGAUUUCUGGCUCUCACAGACCUGUAACUUCUUCUUUAAGAGGCUCCUCUGUCCUCCACUCAUUACCUGUAUUAAUGGCACCUGUUUGAAGUUGUUAUCAGUAUAAAAGACACCUGUCCACAACCUCAAACAGUCACACUCCAAACUCCACUAUGGCCAAGACCAAAGAGCUGUCAAAGGACACCAGAAACAAAAUUGUAGACCUGCACCAGGCUGGGAAGACUGAAUCUGCAAUAGGUACGCAGCUUGGUUUGAAGAAAUCAACUGUGGGAGCAAUUAUUAGGAAAUGGAAGACAUACAAGACCACUGAUAAUCUCCCUCGAUCUGGGGUUCCACGCAAGAUCUCACCCCGUGGGGUCAAAAUUAUCACAAGAACGGUGAGCAAAAAUCCUAGAACCACACGGGGGGACCUAGUGAAUGACCUGCAGAGAGCUGGGACCAAAAUAACAAAGCCUACCAUCAGUAACACACUACGCCGCCAGGGACUCAAAUCCUGCAGUGCCAGAAAGUCUGUGUUGCCCAGCAACAGCCCCAAAACAUCACUGCUCUAGAGGAGAUCUGCAUGGAGGAAUGUGCCAAAAUACCAGCAACAGUGUGUGAAAACCUUGUGAAACCUUACAGAAAACGUUUGACCUCUGUCAUUGCCAACAAAGGGUAUAUAACAAAGUAUUGAGAUAAACUUUUGUUAUUGACCAAAUACUUAUUUUCCACCAUAAUUUGCAAAUAAAUUCAUAAAAAAUCCUACAAUGUGAUUUUCUUCAUUUUGUCUGUCAUAGUUGAAGUGUACCUAUGAUGAAAAUUACAGGCCUCUCUCAUCUUUUUAAGUGGGAGAACUUGCACAAUUGGUGAUGGACUAAAUACUCCCCCCACUGUAGAUACUUCUUUACCUGUUUCCUCCAGCAUCUUCACAAGGUCCUUUGCUGUUGUUCUGGGAUUGAUUUGCACUUUUCACACCAAAGUAUGUUCAUCUCUAGGAGAAAGAACACGUCUCCUUCCUGAGCAGUAUGGCGGCUGCGUGGUCCCAUGGUGUUUAUACUUGCGUACUAUUGUUUGUACAGAUGAACGUGGUGCCUUCAGUCGUUUGGAAAUUGCUCCCAAGGAUGAACCAGACUUGUGGAGGUCUACAAUAUUUUUUCUGAGGUUUGCAUUUGGUGUUUGCUGAAACUUGGCACUUAUUUGUGAGUAUUGCUCAAGGUUUCUCCCUUUCCUCCCUACAAACUGUCUGAUUUCUUUUGAUUUUCCAUGAUGUCAAGCAAAGAGGCACUGAGUUUGAAGGUAGCCCUGGAACUACAUCCACAGGUACACCUCCAAUUGACUCAAAUUAUGUCAAUUAGCCUAUCAGAAGCUUCUAAAGCCAUGAUAUAAUUUUCUGGAAUUUUCCAAGCUGUUUAAAGGCACAGUCAAUUUAGUGUAUGUAAACAUCUGACCCACUGGAAUUGUGAUACAGUGAAUUAUAAGUGAAAUAAUCUGUCUGUAAACAAUUGUUGGAAAAACGACUUGUGUCAUGCACAAAGUAGAUGUCCUAACCCGACUUGCCAAAACUAUAGUUUGUUAACAUCUUUGUGGAGUGGUUGAAAAACGAGUUUGAAUGACUCCCCAACAUAAGUGUAUGUAAACUUCUGACUUCAACUGUAUACCCUAAUAUUUUAAUUGGCAGGGUAUUGGACCCAAUUACAGAACUACCCCAAAGAACAGUAUAUCUAACCUUGUAAUGUUUCUCCACUGGCAAACUUGAACACGUUUACUAAUUGACAAAUGGUGUUGGGCUCUUACAUUCCCUUAUUAGUUCAUGUUAGGACCACAAACUUGAAGGAUAUGCUGUAUUCACCACUUCACUAAAUAAUCAACUCUCUUACACACAGCUUGGAGUAUUUGCUGGCAGUUGUGCAAUACGUAAUGCUCCCAGCGGAGCAAAGAGUGUGAUAUGACCUGACCCUGCCGGGUUUCAGAGAAUUACACCAACACCAAAUAAUGCAAUAUAACAGGGCUUGUGGAGGAGUGUGCUACAUGAACUAUCUUAACUCACUUGAUGCUGUAGUGUCAGGAUGACUUCAGUGUUGUGAACAGUCCAAACCCAACCUAGAUGGUGUCUGAUGUUUUAUUCAUUUCUGUGUUUUCAAAGUUCACUCAGACAAAAGUAUGGCCAAGUGGUUUGGUUUAUGAGGUAAUUCCCAGUACUUGACAUAUUUAUCACUAUUCAUUUGAUAUUAGAGCUUGGUGUCACACAUUGGCAUGCAACUCUCCUUUUGAAGUUUUCAAGACUCCCUUUAAGUUUAAUUUGUCCAUUGAAAUAUUACAGUCUAUUACAGGACAUACUCCCAAUACCUGUAUUGAGUGUUGAGUUUUUGUCCCUUUAAACUUGACCAACAAUUUUUGGACUUUUAGAUUUCCAGUACAUUAAAAUGUCCAAAUGAAAGUAGAGACUGCUUGCAUAAUGUUUUGGUCACAAUGUUUCAUUAAACAUAGCUUUGAUGAAUGCUGAGUAAGAGUGUUCCUCAUACUGCUCAGUCCUCUGGCAUGGCACG